UAUGAAAAAUGGACUUCAGAAUAUAUUUGAAGGAUUAAAAUCAUCAGCAUUCUCUCUACAAGAAAUUUUAUUUUUACAAGAAAAUUUCAAAGAAGAACAGGCCAGUUGGAUGGGUGAUCUAUUAAAAGAAUGUAUAGGCCUUAAGACAAUAAAUUUAAACUUUAUGAAAACUAUUGGUAAAGGAUUUGAAAGUAUAUGUAAUGGAUUAAAAUCUUCAGCCACUUCUCUGCAGAAAAUGGACCUAUGCGGUUGUAAUUUAUCAGAAGAACAAGGAAUUUGGUUGGGUGAUUUAUUAAUUGAAUGUAAAGUGUUUAAUCAUUUGCAUUUGGGUUAUAAUAGCAAUAUAACAGAUAAUGGAUUAAAUAGAAUAUUUAAGGGAUUAACUUCUUCAUUAGAAACUUUAGAGUAUAUUGAUCUAUCUGGCUGUAAUAUAACAGAAAAUCAAUGUUUUUGGUUAGGUGAUUUAUUACAGAAAUGUAUAGGAAAACUUGAAAUUAACUUGACUUCAAAUACUCAAAUGGGAGAAGGAUUUAAGAGGAUAUGCUAUGGAUUGAAAUCUCCUUCUCUACAAAGUAUCCACUUCACUUUUUGUAAUUUAUCAGAAGAACAAGGAAUAUGGCUCAGUGAUUUAUUAUUUGAUUGCACAAUGCUAACUGCUAUAAAUUUAACACAGAAUGGUACUUUGAAAAAUGAAAUUCUCAAUGUCUUUAAUGGAUUAACAUCUUCAUGCAACUCAUUACAACAAAUUAGUUUGGCUGAAUGUAAUUUAACAGAGGAACAAGGAGUCCAUUUAGGUAAUUUAUUACUUAAGUGCAAAAGACUAACUCAUAUAAAUUUGACUAAUAAUAAAAUAUUAUCAAAAGGAUUUAAGAGAAUAUGUAAUGGAUUGAAAAUGUCAUGUUUUACUUUAAAACAUAUUAAUUUAUCAUAUUGUGAUUUAUCAGAGGAACAAGCAUUUUGCUUAGGUGAUUUACUAUCAGAAUGCACAGCUUUAAAAGAUAUACAUUUGUGUUCUAAUUGCAAUAUGAAAAACGGAUUUGAUAAAAUAUAUUCUGGAUUAAAAUCAUCCAAAUUCACUUUACAAAACAUCAGUAUCCUUCAAUGCGAUUUGUCAGAAGAGCAAAAGCUUUCGUUAAACAAUUUAGCACCUACAAUACAAGCCUAAAUUAGAGAAUAUUUGACAUUUUAUUGGCAUGAAAUAGACAUAAACAUAAACACAAAAGAUGCUUAAAUAAUAGCUUUGAUAUUAUGUAUCUUUCAAGGUUAAUU